UAUUACAUAUUCAUAGAGCAUAACGUAACUGAGCGCGGACUCCCCGUAAUUCAGUCUUGUUACGUGCGUCGCUUUUACAACCACGAUCUACUAGUAUCGGGUUCGUGGAGGGUACCAAAGGGAAGUGUCCUUAAGGCCCCUUUAUUCAAACGCAAACAAUAGAAAAUCGUUUCGCGUAACAUAGUGGCUGGUUUCUGGUGAUCACUUUUAACAAGUUUUUCCUCAAAUAGUCAUGGUGCUUCGUACGAAAAAUCCUAUGGGUAUUGCAAAAAAUCGACACUUUAUCUUUGUUUGUCUUCUUAAUUCAUUCUAGUGUAAUUAUAAUGCAUAAUUUUCAAAACCGAAAAGUUGCUCAAUUUUUUUCAACUCACAUUGUAUAUAUAAUUUCAAAGCUGGUCUUAGACUAUACAGUUAUUACAGUAAUUUAUGUUUUCCUCAUUGAUAAAGCUUUGGACGCGCUUUUGCCAAAACUAACGAACAUCUGGUUCUACUCAUAACCAGUUGUCGCUUAGUUGUUUUCGUUAAAUGUGCAUUGUUCACUUCCUUUUUCUCAAACAUCGUGUAAAGUGUCGAUUUUUUCACUUUUGUUUUUAAUAGCGCACUUUGACUAGAAUGAAAAAUGGGAAUCGUACUGCCGCCUUAUGUUAAAUGGUAUGUUCGUUUAAUCGUUAUGUGGUGACAUUUACUUAAGCAAAAUGGACUUUCAAAGCCAUCAGUCGUUUAUCAACGGGCAAUUGUCCUGGAAAUUUAAUCACUUUAUUAAUGCAGAUAGCGGGUAUGGCUCAGAUGAAUUUACAGACUCGCCCAGGUACACAUCGCCAGGAACCACUUCCGGGUACUACCUGGCGGAUGGGUCGACAAAUGCGGUCGGAGGGGGCGAAUGGCCGCCCGCCUACACGAGUUCAUAUCAAAACUAUGAAACCUACGGGUUAAUUCCCGAGCCAGACACGGGGGCCCAACAGGGGUUGCCGCCCAUGUCGUCGCUCAGGCCCAACGGGGCUCCAGCAACCACAAUUGCCGGCCCUGGAAAUGCCUUUGCGAGUCCUAACGGGCACCCUGAUGCAGUUGUAGGCAAAGCAUUAGGAUCGAUAUAUCCAGCGGCGGAACAAGCGAGUGCUAGCAGUUAUAGUUCAGCCCCCUCCACCCCUGUCAGUUCUCCACCGCCACUGGCACCCACAGGCUGGCUGACCAAUCAUAACACCCCACACUCCCCCCAUUAUACGCAGGCUGUUACGUCAAAUGCCCCACAAAAUUUACAUAUGCCGUCGGCCCCCGAAGCACAGCGCUUAGACGACGCUAUUGGGUUCCUUCGAGAUCAUGUCGAAGCUACGCAGGCUUUUUUCCAGGGUGCUCGAAUGGAAGAAAGACUGGACGAUGCCAUAAACGUACUGCGCAAUCAUGCAGAAUCACAGAUAGGUUUAGGAUCGCUGCCAAAUAGUUUAACCCCUCAUCAAAUUACUCAACUCGGGUAUUCAGCGCCGCCAUCUGGCGAUCCUCACCUACCCGAUGCUGUUAAAGUAGAACGACCAACAUACAAUACAAAAAAACGUAAAGAACCACCAGAUAAUGACACAAAACCGUCCAGUUCGGUAGAUGUGUCCAGCAUAGCCCCCAAUUCAACCAGUGGAAUCGGCAAAUCUGCAAAGAGAUCGAGGAGAUGGUACGUAGAGACUGAUAUCGCUGUUAACACCGAUGAAGACGAGAGCGAGGACUCGGGCAACAAGGCCGUACGCGAAAAAGAGCGUAGACAGGCCAAUAACGUUCGUGAACGUUGUUCCAGUGCUGAUGAGACUGAGGACGGCGAGUUAGACCCCGACAUUAAGGCACAGAGGGAAAAAGAGCGACGGCAAGCCAAUAAUGCAAGGGAAAGAAUACGUAUCCGAGACAUCAAUGAAGCGCUUAAAGAGCUUGGUCGGAUGUGUAUGGCACACCUCAAAACGGAUAAGCCACAAACCAAGUUGGGUAUCCUGAAUAUGGCUGUGGAAGUCAUUAUGACGUUAGAACAGCAAGUUCGUGAGCGAAAUUUAAAUCCAAAGGCAGCUUGUUUGAAGCGACGAGAAGAAGAGAAAGCCGAAGACGGUCCUAAAUUGGGGCCAGGACCUCACCAUAUGUUGUCGGGACCUCAUUAUCCCACAUUACCGGACAACCUGUCAGAUGACAUAGAUGUGAAUUUCCAAUUUGGAGUACCUAGUAACCACAACGGACCCGGACAGCCCCAAUAGCAUUGCUAGUAGGGCCACUUUGCGCCGCGGUCUCUUUUUGCUACCUGAUUGCCCGUUAAGGAAAAACGAAGAAACAAGAUUGACGUUUUUAAAAACCCUUCCUUCUGACAUCAUUAUUAAUUGCCAUUUAUUAUUUAAUUAAUAUAUGUUUUUAUAAUUAAUUAUUAAAUCAAUAAUGAUGAUGAUGAUCGGAACAGGUGAGUAUUAAAACUCAUUUUCCCAGACGAUUCAGAAGCUACCUAUGGGUUUUUUUUUAAUUGGAUGGGGUUUAUCGGAAUUUAAACAAAUUCUCUGUAUUUUGCAAUGCCGAGCAGCUUUUGUGUUUUGCUAUCUACUUUAUAUGCUUUGCAGGGAAAUGUCUUUUCUGUCCAUUCACAUGUGAGUAAUUUACCACGAUUAUUCUGUUUGUGUCGAAGAAAAGACAUUUCGCUCGAUUGGUCCAAUCAUGCUUAUAUUUGGUUCGAGAAGUUCGAAUGUGCCAAACUUUUAAAAUACUCUCUAUUAGUUUUAUUGACUUAUCUUAAUAAUUAUUGUCAUAGACAGCUACUUAAUUUUUUUACGCACUGUAUUACGGUUUGAUCUCUUUAAUUUUGCCAUUUGUAGACAAUUUUUAUAUUCCAGACAUGACAAUUUACCUGUUAGUUUUUAAGUUAAGCCCUGCUGAAAAUAAGUUACUUAACUCUGUUAGUUUUUAAGGCUCGCACAAAAUAAGGGGCUUUAUCGAUCAAACGUGUAUAUUACUUACAUUGGAAGUUGAUCGCUUAGAAUGGAAAAUAAGUUCACGCAAAGUUGUUGCUAGUUUUCCGUCAAUUGAUCCAAAUAAUAGAGGGUUAUUGGUCAAUAAGGGCAGGCAGUAAUAAAAACAUUUUGACAUAUACGCCUACGCAAUUUAAUGUAAAAAGUAAGAGAUCACUUCAUGACAACAGUGCAUGGCGAUAAUUGUGCCGUGAUGCUAUUAUCUAAUUUAUACCUUAAACCACAAGUUAAGAUUUUUAACGUCCGCUUGCAGGUUUUAGCACAUUUCUAAUACUUUGAAUCAGACGAUUGUCUUUCAAAAUGAACAAAAAUAAAAAUUCCAAGUUAAGGUUUACUAUUCUUUCUUCUCCGAGUUCUCUUCACUUGCGCUCAUCUUGACAGAGUCCAGAAUUUCCUUUAUUGAAACAAUAAAGUGCUAGUGGAAAGCAAUGACAAACUACCGCCAUAAAGCCAAUGCACUGAUAACAUAAGAAGUAACCUUUUUAAUGCAUGGCAGUAUUUAUAAAUUCCAAUAACUCUCUAUUAUUUUAUAUCAAAGUGGUUUUAUCUUAUAUUAAAAUAAAUCAAACUUUGAUAUUGCAUAUUGCCAGGAUUAGACUUGUGAAAUUACUAAAAAGCGUUUAAAUAGUUGAAACAAAAGUAUACCGAUCUAUCUAUUUACGAUUACUAUUAUUUCUGAUAUUUCGGAAUUUCGAGCAUUAAAAUUGUCUUAUGCAGCUAACGGUUGGAAUUAUAGUAUGAUUUUGAGGGUAGAGCAUGGAUAUCGUAAUUGAGUAUCUAAAUCUACCAAAUUGCACACAACUUUUGUAGGUGCUUAGAAGUAGAUCCUAACAAAACAGCCAUUUAUCGAUUUUUUUCUUAAUGUUCCUUUGAAUCCAAGACAAAUGUUAGAUUUUUACUGUGCCAUUUUACAGCCCCGACUUAAGACGACUUUAUUAAGAACAUGUUUUGGGUGUGUCGCGAUUUUUGUGCUUGCUGAAUUAUUCACGCAGAUAAAAUGUGCAUCAUUGGAGAUGGCAAAUUUGUAUUUAACAUAACUUGCAUAAUAUUGUUUCUGGGAGGUAGCCCAGAUUAUGUGAUAAAACGGUUUUUGUUAUUAUGAUCAGAUAAACACUGUAUAUAUCAGGAAUGUUGUAUCGGUGUAGCUCAGCAGGUACAGAAGUCGCAAUCACCAAUAAAAUUAUUUAUAAAAUAAAUAAUUGCGACGAAUAAGUCUUUGCGUGAUAAAACCGACAAAUUUACUUAAGAAACGCGUUCUCGAACCAGAUAUAGGUUGCGCCAGCGCCAGUAUAGUAUUUUUUUUGUUAAAUAUAAAUUGUUGUAAAUAUAGUUUCUGAAGGUUCGCAAUAUAGUUUUAUAUUAAUGAAAACCGACCGUCUUCUCCAACUUUUCUUUUUCUGAAAUUCUAACUUUCUCUGCUCACAAAAUUGGUCAUCCUCUAAGGCUAUGCCUAUAGUUACUAAUACUGAACUAAUCGCGUAAAUCUAGUCAUAGCCUCAAUCAAUCAACAAUGUAAGUUUUUAUUGUAUUGGGAUGACCAAAAUUGCACUUAAGCGAGAAAAUUUUAUAUCUGACGAAUGCGUACUUAAUUGCUCUAAUUAAGAGUAAUAAAUCAGACGUAUUUAAUUAUUGCAGUUAACGAGUGGACUAGUUAUUGUAGUCGACUUUCGGAUUCAUUUUUAUGUGUUUACCGCAAACAGACUCACCAGUCUCACCGCAAACAGACUUAAAAUUUGUUAAAAUCAGUGAUUGUAAUUUUUUGUUUGAUUUGAAAUGCUUUUAUAGAUUUCACUAGAAACGCUGCUGCGGCCAUAAUAAGUCAUGUUUAAAGAUAGAUGAAAAGUGAAAUAAUAUUUUUACGAAUAGUUCCGAAAGUGCUGCUUAAAGUACUCAUAUACAGGUUCCUAAAUAAUGUCUGAAAUUAACUUGUGGAAGAUCACAAAAAAAUACUGUAUUGGCAAGAAUUUCCCCGGUGAGCAUUACAAAUCAAACUUACCCUGCUAAUCAAUUUACAGGAUUAGGUUUACAACUGGUUUUAAUAUUAUUAUUAGCAGAUAAGUCUUAAUUUUUUCUAUUAGGUUUAUUUUUAAGUGAAUCGUCUUACAUCAUUUGUAUUUUUAUCGAUUUGUUUAUUUUAGUUUUUAGCUAUUUUAUAUUUAUAUAUUCUUAUUAUAUUUGAUUUGCUGAUGGUUGAUAGUUCUGAAUGCUAAGAUGCGUGCCCUAUGCUUAAACAGGGCAUUAAAAAUACUUAAUUCACGAAGUAUCUUAUGUGUAAAUCGUAAACAUCAUUCGUUUCAUUUUAUUUUGGCAUACGCUCGCUUAUAUCAUUUUGUGAAACUUUGAUAGUUUCUCAUUCCAUUUUCUAUAUAUUUAUUUCUUUAAUUGGCAGCAAGAUGAAUGGCGAAUUGACACAACAUGUAAAAUAUCAAAAUAUUUAGGAAAGCAGCCAAAUGCAAGAUUUGUUGAAACGAGAGAGUGGGGCAAGUCUUCGCGAUUUGGAAAAACGUCUUCCAAAAAUUUGAACAGUAAAUGGUAAAUGCUUAAAAAAUAUUGUUUUUGUUGCUCCAUGAAUUUAAUUUGUUCUUUUCUAAAUUGAUUCACACAAUAUAUUUGCCAUUCACUGUGCAAUGCAUUGAUUAAACUAACUUAGUGCAAAAUGAACAUUAAUAGUUGAUUGAUUGUCCUGUUCCUGGUUUCUGUACUUUUCUCCGUUUAAGCAGCACCAAAUGGAACAAUUUUCCCUAGAGACUCACGAAUCUCUGCACUGUGUGUCUUAAAUGACAAAUUGUCGCCCUAAAAGGGUUUCAAGAGAGCCCAUGGGCCAUUUUAUAUUCCCAAGUAUAUUUUUGUAGUCGAAACAAUGUACGCCAUUUAAGACACUCACGUCGCGACCGAGGACGGCGACUAGAACAAAUUUGUAAAGCUUACCUUGACUUGUAUAAACGUUUUACUGCGAAUGUGUUUUAAGUAUAUAAAAAGUAUAUAUGAUUAAAAUAUUGUGUGAUGAAAGGACAACUUAGAUUAUACAGUUGAAAACUUAGAUUGUAAAAUGAUUAUCAAACUCUAUGUAAUAUACAUAAGUACAUAAUAUAAUAUGUGCCAUUUUUCUUAUGA